AUGUCUGAGGAUUUGAACCCGAGAGUUUUCACUUACGCCGACUUUGACCUUCAAGCUCUAUGCCGUCACGCGAGCACGCUUCGACAGGGUAUUCCAUGUACUUGUGAUCCCAAUCAACGCCCUGCCUCAGGAGCUUUCAACUGGGCUGUCUUCAUUUCAUUCGAAGACGGGGUGCGAUGGGUAUUCAGAUCCCCGCACCACAGAACUUUCAUGCCAAUGGAAAUGGCAGUGAAGCUACUGGCAAGCGAAGCUGCCACGUUACGAUACAUCAGAGCUCAGAGCGAUAUCCCAAUUCCAAUGGUAUACGACUACUGUGUUUCGUCCGAUAAUGAUAUCGGGGUUCCAUACAUUCUCAUGAGUGAAGCACCUGGCAAGCCACUGUCAAACGUUUGGAGAUCAGCUGACUCGCCUGAACAUGAUUUAGAGACCAUCAACAAGGCUAAAAUUCUUUCUCAGCUGGGCAGUAUUACAUGGAAGCUUUCGCAGUUGCGUUUCGACAAGAUUGGCUCCCUCUUUGAAGAAGAUGGGACCUUCGACAUCAAGGAAUGUCUCUCACGUGGCCACAUAUUUGACAGACGUUAUCUUUUGGAUAUUCCGCGUGGACCCUUCAAUUCUGAGGCAGAGUUCUAUGACAGCCUUAUCUCUGCAUUCUCGGAGCAUGCAGAGAAUCUGCAGCUAUCACAUCAUUGUUUUGUGGCACCUGUUCCCUCGCGCGACGACUAUCCAUCCAGAAAACAAUACAUGAGCGCUGUUGACCUAUGGAACGACUUCGUGACCGUGGGAGACAAGACAGAGUCAUCGGAUAACAGACUGGACUACAUAAUCGCAGGCGACGCUCUCCGUGACAUAAUACAGAAACUUGACCUCUCAGCCUUCAAUCAUGAGACGUUCCCAUUGCAUCACCCCGACAUAAGCGUCAACAACAUAUUUGUUGACGAUGAUUACAACAUUACCUGUCUCAUCGAUUGGGCAUUCACUUCAUCCGUUCCUGAAUUUAUGCUAUUGACUACACCAGGAUUACCACAAUACCGCGACGAGAUCAGCUCGGAUCUACACACACCGUUCAUAGAUGGAUUCGUUGCUGCUUUUCCUGGCCCAACGGAAGAGAAGACCAUUCGCAGAUAUCGAGAAUGUCUUGAGCGGAGCCAAAUCUCUUGGAGAUUAAGUCGACUCCUCAGCCUAGACUCAAUUUGUGAUUAUACACUCUUUGCUACUGUGUGGAACUCUGUACGCGGACCUGAACAGGAUCUGGAUGAAUACUUCGUACAGAAGCGCUGUUUGCCGCACUACGUUCGGCUUUACAACGAAUUACAACAGGAUGACCAGCCACUCUCAAAACUUGAGAAAGAGGAAAAGGAUUAUUUUCGAAACAAAGGUGUCAGAAGCACGAUCGCCAAGAAGCUGACACUCAUGUCUGAAUGGAAAGCAAAGUAUACCGUCACAAAGUCACCGAGACUUCGAAACGAUAUGUUUGUUGCUUCACCUCAUUUAUGGAAGUGGAUUCAACGAUUUGUUCGGGACUGGGAAGAAAUGUCAUGA